AUGAAGGUCAACUUUACCACUUUACCCUGGCCUGAAAAAUGCGACGAAUAUGACAUAUGGCCGGCUCAUAUUGUUGGAGCAUCACUGGCCUUAUUUGGAAUUAUCGGCAAUGGGUUCCUCAUGAAGCAUUUUCAAGCCAAUGGAGCAUUAUACAUUUUCACCAUCGCAGUCCUCGAUCUGCUCUAUUCAAUCAAUUUCCUCACCGAGAUUCGCUUCAAAAUUGUCGAUCAAAUGGAACUUCUUAAUUUCAUCAUCGUCAAUUUUGUGCCGCUUUUCCUCAUUUUUGUCGCAAUCGAGCGAGUUCUCUGGACCUGCGGACAACGUACGAGGGAAACGUUUGGAAUUUUCACAAACGUCCGCCCAAAGCCAUGGAUCAGAGCCUUCGUCAUUGUGUAUGCGUUCAUCACCGCAUUUUUCGAGACGAGACCGAGAACGAUGGGCAUGGCAAAUCAUUGUGAAGAAAUUUACAUAAACGACACAAAAAAUCGAAGUCAAGCUCUCUCCCUAUAUCUCGAAGUAAUCAAUCCAUGGCUGAGACGAGUCUCAUUUUGCCUAGCUCUUGUGAUCUCCCUGAUUUCAGUGAUCCGUAGAAAGAAGACUGGAAAAGGGGAGACCGCUGUGAGCCAGUCUGACAAACAUCCAACGUCUCAUGAGCCUAUUGAAAAUGGAAUUCGCCUCGUGAACCAAUCGAAUUUGUGCAUGCUCAUUAUUGUUGUGCAAUUCUUGCUGAAACACGCUGCCGAUGAGGCCGUCUCCUAUCAAUUCGCUGCCAGAAAAUCCAGCCAAUUCGAGCAGCUCAUUGUGAAGUUCGUCGAGGUCACGUUCGCCGCCUCACGAAUCCUCAUCUAUCUGGCGCUGACAAAACUGCGAGUUGUCUAUGAGUAUGUCGACGUCGUUCGUCACACUUAA